UCAUUUCCUUCAUUUUAUUUUCUUCUCUCUGUCUCCGUCUCUCUCUAUCUAGAGCAGAUGAACCAAAUGGGUCUUAUUAGAAAUGGGAUUUAUGUAGUUCUCAUCAUCAUCAUUUUGAAUCAUCUUGGGUUCAUAGCUGCAGCAUCCCUUAAGCAGAAGAAGAUCAACUUCACAUAUGAAAGUUUUCCAAUGCAUAAUCUAAAUUUCUUGAAAUUUGAAGGGAAUUCGACCAUCUACAAUCAAGCUCUUCAGUUAACUCCAGAGACUCUCAAUAAAGCAUUCCUUCAGACUCACUACAACAAGUCUGGCAGGAUUACGUAUCCUCAUCCCUUCAGGCUCUGGUCAUCAUCAGGAGGUGAUCAGAACAGCAUACUGGCAUCCUUCAACACUAGUUUCCUGAUCAAUAUUUAUCGGGAACCAGAAUGGGAUGCGGGUCAUGGGUUGGCUUUCAUUAUAGCUCCGAAUUACAGCAUCCCCGAUGCAAGUUUUGGGCAGUGGCUUGGCCUCACAAAUUCAUCCACGGAUGGUAGCCCUGACAAUCACAUCCUAGCAAUUGAAUUUGAUACGCAGAAGCAAGAUGGUAUUGAUGAAAUUGAUGGAGACCAUGUUGGGUUCAAUACCAACUCUGUCAGAUCAAAACAGUCUGCCUCACUUGAUAAACACAACAUCACACUAUCUCCUCCGCCCCCAGGUGCUAACUACAGCGUCUGGAUUGACUACAAUGGCGCAGCUAAAAUCCUGGAGGUUUACAUAGUGAAUGAAGGAAAUGCUAAGCCACAAGAACCUAUUCUGAGGGAGAGCAUAAACCUGAAGGACUACCUGAAACAGGAAUCCUACUUCGGGUUCGCUGCUUCCACAGGUGAUCCAGAGAUAGAGUUAAAUUGUGUGCUGAAAUGGAGAUUGGAGAUUGAUGACAUCCCAAAGGAAGAAUCGGAUGACAAACUUGGAAUGAAGAUUGGUGUUGGGCUUGGUGUUUCAGGAGGAACAAUAUUAGCAAUAUUGGCAGUGUGUGCAUGUGUUUAUCAUGCAAGGAAGAGAAGGUCAUCAGAAUCAGAAUCAGGAUCAGGAGCAGGAGUAGUAGAAGAUUUGAAAAGGUUGCCUGGAAUGCCAAGGGAAUUCAAGUACAAGGAAUUGAAGAAUGCAACUAACAAGUUUGAUGAGAGUAUGAAGCUAGGAGAAGGUGGAUUUGGAAUUGUUUACAAAGGUGUUCUUUAUGAUAAAAAUCAUACUAGUGCUACUGAAAUUGCUGUCAAGAAAUUCUCCAGAGACAACAUCAAAGGCAAAGAUGAUUUCCUUGCUGAACUCACAAUCAUUCACCGUCUUCGCCACAAGAAUCUUGUCCGCUUAGUUGGAUGGUGCUAUUAGAAAGGGAAGCUUCUUUUAGUUUAUGAUUUCAUGCCAAAUGGAAGUCUAGAGAAGCAUCUAUACGAGGCUCCACAGCAAGACAAGCUGAACUGGAGUCGCCGGUGCAAGGUGCUAACUGGGGUAGCUUCUGCAUUGCAUUACCUGCAUGCUGAGUAUGAUCAGACAGUCAUUCAUCGAGACCUCAAAGCUAGCAAUAUCCUGCUUGAUAAGGAUUUUAAUGCUCGGUUAGGCGAUUUUGGCCUUGCCAGAGCCCUUGAGAAUGAAAAGAACUCCUAUGCUGAACUAGGAUUAGGGGGAGUUCCAGGUACCAUAGGAUACGUCGCUCCGGAAUGCUUUCAUACGGGAAGGGCUACCCGGGAAUCUGAUGUGUUUGGUUUUGGAGCAGUAGUUCUUGAAGUUGUGUGUGGCAAAGGUCCUGGAAUGAAGAUUCAUCACAACCAGCAUCUUUAUUCCUUGGUUGAUUGGGUUUGGAUGUUACACCGCGAAGGGCGCAUUUUAGAAGCUGUUGAUGAGAGACUUGAGAAUGAUUAUGUGAAAGAUGAAGCAAAUAGGCUUUUAAUUCUAGGGUUGGCAUGCUCACAUCCUAUUGAUAGCGAAAGACCUAAAGCACAAGCCAUUGUCCAAAUUCUAUCUGGAGCUUUGGCAGCUCCCCAUGUGCCUCCAUUUAAGCCUGUGUUCAUGUGGCCUUCCUUAGCUAACAUGGGAGACACUCAUAGCUCACUCUCAUUGUCUGGAAUCUCAUUGUCCUCUCAAAAUAGUGGUGGCAGAAUACAAAGUGAUUCCAAAAUUCAGAGGAUAUCAUCUAAUCUCCCAGUUUAGAGAUGCACAUAGCUAAACCAUGGAGUUCUACUUCUACACAAGCAGCAGUAUCAAAGCCUCUAUAUCCUACUACGGGUCUGUGAGGCAAAUAUAGAAAAAUCAUUCCUGGAGGAGAGAAAAAGAGAGCAAAAACCAGGAAGAGGGCUCAAAAAGAGAUUAAAAAGUUGUUAAGAAGAUCAGAGUGAAUACUCUUUCAGAAGUUUGAAGGCAAAACUUUUUUUAUUAAUGAAGAGUCAUUUGUGACCUGAAAACGCUCUUAGCAAUAUAAUUGAUUACCAAGCUUCAAGCAUAAGAGCAAAGGCGUCUGAAGAGAAAGCUGAAGGUGCUUUCCAAGCAAUGCACAAGAAAUAAAAAGGAGUCGUAAACCAAGUAUAACAAGACAUACUGAGGGAACAAGACAGGAAAGGGCAAUGAAGCUUCAAAAGGAGCUGCCAAGAAAGUUAGUUCCCUUGAGGGUUUUCGGUUUUCCAAGAAAGAUAACCAUGCUGAGAACAAUUAUUGGUUUAAAGAUAAAGAGAAGCCUCAAUAUUUAGUAACAAAAGAGAGACUUCUCCCGUUUGUACUCUCUUUCUCUUAAAAAGAUCUAGUCUUAUUCUCUACAUAUUUAAUAUCUCAGAAAAGACCAGACCAGAACUAAUUCCAUAAUUCUUUUCAGAUUACAACAUGGGCUACCACAAAAAUUCGAGCAUUUUUGUAUAUCAGUCUCAUUAUUGCAGUACUUGAAAUGUACAUUUGUUUGUAAUUGAGGUGCACAAUUCUUAGGGUUUGUUAUUUUGUUGUGGUUUGGCUGGCAGUAGUUCAAUAGUCAUAGAGGAAAAGGUUAUGGUUCUAGAGGUAAGACAUGUAAUAGAAUGCACAUGAAUUUUCUGCGCCACUAAUGUACAAGUAAUGUGAGUUGUAUAGUCAUGAACUUUCAAUAGUGAAUUUCAAAGGGAAAGGACUGAAUAUGUCAACUGUACCUUGUGAAUUUUAAUA